CACGUAGUGGUGACUGCCAGUGGAAAAGAAAAUUUCAUUACUCACAUACGCCAGUUUCUGCAGCUUUCCAACUGUGAACAAGUGGUUUUCCUGUGUCCUCAGGGAUACCUAUAAAAAAGCUACUUCUGCUUUCUGGCCGAUGUCACAGCAGAGAAAACUCUGGUUGAGAGAAAACUGGAAGAAAUUCUGCUUCAGAUCAACCGGAUGAACCAAAGUCUGCAACACAAUGAGGUGUUGCUGAAUACUCCGCCGCAGAACAUCCAGGACUGCUGCUGUGUCUCAGCUCUGCGCUGCUUCCACAAAAAUCUGAAGUACCUGAAUGUGGCUGAGAGACAGGUACACGUCAAACUGCAGAAGAGCCUGAAACAUUCAUUAACUGAGAGGGGUCUGGAUUUUUGCAAUCAGGGAAAAGCAGAGUCCACAACCUGCCAAAACUGCACAACAUAUCCAAAAGCCAAUUCCAAGGAAUUUGUCAUCAGACUGGAAUCUCUCAUUCAAAGGGCCUUAACCAAAAGGAAAAUGAAAAUUUGAGAAGACAGGAAUAUGGAGUCGUGACAAAGGACUAAACGUAGACAAGACACUACUCUGAAGAUGAGACAAAAGCAACAUAAUGUGGCCUUACACCUAUUUAACUUAUUUAAUAUUUAUUCAGCCAUUAGUGGUGAAACCACUUAAGCUUAGAAGAAUGUACAGUACUCUCAGGAAAGCUGCUUUGCUGCCACCUAGUGGAUUUUGUUUUACUUUUUAUUAUUAUUAAUGUAUUCAAGCAUUCAUUGAUAAUUUGUAGUUCUCAAAGAAUAUAAAGUAUGUAAAAGCAUAUAUACAAUGUAUACUUUCUAUCAUUACAUUAGUA